AAGCUCCUGUAGUGGCCACCGCCGCCGUCGCAGCAGCAGGACCUGCAGCCAGCACCCCCGCCACAGCAGCAGCAGCAGCUGCAGCAGCAGCCUCCACCAGCGUUACAACAGCAGCGACCCCAGUAGUUUUAGGCAGCACCACGACAGCAGCAGCUCCUGCGGCCGACUCCCCCACCGCAGCAGCAGCAGCAGCUCCCGCUCCAGCAGCAGCCACCAGCAGCGCUACGACACUGCCGCAGCAGCAGAAGCCUCGGGAGCAGCAGGAGCACCACCCGCAGCAGCAGACAGCGAUCUUCCGACAGCAGCAGCAGAGAAUGCAGCAACAGCAGAGGAUGCAGCACCAGCAGCAGCAGCAGCAGCAGAAGACACUACAACGGUUGCGACAACAGCAGCAGCAGCAACAGCAACAGAAGCAGCAGCAGCAAGAGGAGCAAGAAAGAGAGGCUGAAUUGUCAUGGUAUCGGCAGCAGCAGGAGGAGCAAAGGAAGCAUGAAGAAAACGAAGAAGAAGAAGAAGGAGGAGAAGAAGAAGACGAAGAAGAAGAAGAAGAAGAAGAAGAAGAAGAAGAAGAAAAGAGAAAGGAAAAGGAGGAGCACCAGCACCUGCAGCAGCAGCAGCACCUGGGGCAGCAGCAGCACCUGCAGCAGCACGGCAAGAAAAAAAAGAAAAUACGUUCAGACAUUGCUGCGCUAGUCAGACUUUUACGGGAGAGCGAAGCUCAGGAUGGCAGCAGCGAUAGCAGCCGCACCAGCAGCAGUGGCGCCAGUAGUAGCAGCAGCAGCAAUAGCAGCAGCAAUAACAGCAGCGGCAAUAGCAGCAGCAGCAGCAGCAGCAAUAGCAGCAAUAGCAGUGGCAGCACUAGCAUGAGCAAGGCGGUACAGGAGAAGGUGGAAGCGGCUGCUGGUGACUCCAGUCAUGCAGACAGAUCCAGUCUCACCGAGAGAGAUACCAGAAGCAGCA